UACUUAACACUAAACAUUCAAGAAUCUCCCCUAUAGAGGGUGGUGAAGUCAAUAUCAAGCAGUCUACUGAAAAUAGGUUGCGCAAUCGAAGCCAUGUCGUUUCAUGAUUUUAAUAAGUUUACUGGUCAGUUGAAACAGUCUACCCAGUCUCAACCUCUUUAUCCAUUAAGUCCUCAACCAUUAGAUAAGAGAGAGCCAAGAGCCAUGAUGUUCGAUUCUAAAAAAACUAAACCAGUAUCUACUUCGUUGAGUAAAAGCAACUACUCUACAGUACCCGCAAAAAUAAAAGAACUUCAGAAAAGAUACCAGGCUGAUCUGUCAGUACCUUCCUACCUAUUGGCAGGUAAAAGAGAUGUGCUUUUGUUCCGGUUUACAGUUGCACUCACUACGUUUGGCUUUUUUGCAAAUUUGUAUAAGUGGUAUCAGAUUGAAAAGAAAGGCAACUAGAUCUUAAACAUUAUAUCAUAAGAAUAAUAGUGACUGUAACAUAAAUAAAUGUAUUCAUAGUAAGA